UCUAUUUAUGGUUCACAGGUUUGGAUACUUUGUUUUUUUCUUUUUAAUUUCUCUGAUGAAAAAAAUGAGGUCCAAAGAGCAACUGAGUUUCCUGAUUAGGUCUCUGGAGAGGGGGACAGGUGUGUGAAUGAGCAGGUGACAAAGGGUGCUGGAGGGAGGCUGGCCUUUUCCAGGACCGCCUCCCCUGGGUGCAUUGCUACUGAGCAGGGACUAUUUCCUACCCACCCUGCUCCCUGCACUUCCUGCUUGGUCCCCUUCUCUUUCCUCUCUAUGGGCCUCAGAAGGCAGCACCUGUAAUAGCACUUUGCCCCUCUGCCACCUGGCUACAACCCUGGACUGCUGUAAGUGUGGGCAUUCCUGCAGUAGAGAGAGCAUCAUGGUGGCUUUCAAAGGAGUCUGGACUCAGGCUUUCUGGAAGGCAGUCACAGCAGAAUUUCUGGCCAUGCUUAUCUUUGUUUUGCUCGGUGUGGGAUCCACCAUAAACUGGGGUGGCUCAGAAAACCCCUUACCUGUGGACAUGGUCCUCAUCUCCCUUUGCUUUGGACUCAGCAUUGCUACCAUGGUGCAGUGCUUUGGCCAUAUCAGUGGUGGCCACAUCAAUCCUGCUGUGACAGUGGCCAUGGUGUGCACACGAAAGAUCAGCAUCGCUAAGUCCGUCUUCUACAUCAUUGCACAGUGCCUGGGGGCCAUCAUUGGAGCCGGCAUCCUCUACCUGGUCACACCUCCCAGCGUGGUUGGAGGAUUGGGAGUCACCACGGUUCAUGGAAACCUCACCGCUGGCCAUGGGCUCCUGGUGGAGUUAAUAAUCACUUUCCAGUUGGUGUUCACUAUUUUUGCCAGCUGUGAUUCCAAACGAACUGAUGUUACUGGUUCAAUAGCUUUAGCAAUUGGAUUUUCCGUUGCAAUUGGACAUUUGUUUGCAAUCAAUUAUACUGGAGCCAGCAUGAAUCCAGCUCGAUCUUUUGGACCCGCAGUUAUCAUGGGAAACUGGGAAAAUCACUGGAUAUAUUGGGUUGGACCAAUCAUGGGCGCUGUGCUGGCAGGUGCCCUGUAUGAGUAUGUCUUCUGUCCUGAUGUGGAGCUCAAACGUCGCCUUAAGGAAGCCUUCAGCAAAGCCGCUCAGCAGACAAAAGGGAGCUACAUGGAGGUGGAGGACAACCGGAGCCAAGUGGAGACGGAAGACUUGAUCCUGAAGCCCGGGGUGGUGCAUGUGAUUGACAUUGACCGUGGAGAAGAGAAGAAGGGGAAAGAUUCUUCUGGAGAGGUAUUGUCUUCCGUAUGACUAGAGGACAGCACUGAAGGCAGAAGAGACUCCCUAGACCUGGCCUCAGAUUUCCUGCCACCCAUUAAGGAAACAGAUUUGUUAUAAAUUAGACACUUGCGGGUUUCUUGUUUCACAUCUUGUUACACAGUUUAAAUAACACGUAUUUUACUAUUAUCAAUGGGGGGGAGAAAAAAAGUCUACAAUGGAUAUAAAAUUUUAAAACAGAAAUCUUUUAAUGUAUCCCCAAAACAACUAUGCAGCUAGUGUAUUGGUUUCCCUUUCAUUAAUAAUAACUGAAAUGAUGAACCAAGAUCUGGUCAAGUUUUGCCGCGCAGAGCAUAUGGACACCUCUGUGAGGAAGCUGGCAUUGUCCAUUGUCUUCACGAUUGACUUCAUUGGAUUGAUUUAAAAAUGACAAGAUGCAGUAAGUCACAGAAUCAUGUGCAUUCAGGAGAAGACAUGCCGUAACUUCUUCCACGAGCUAUUCCUUAUUUAUAAACUACCUCGGAGGGGAAAAAUUAGCAAGGGCCAUUGCUAAUACAUCAUUUGUAUUUAUAUGUCUGACUGUCAGACCCUAACUCUAAUUCACUAUAAUCCUCUCCCCCUCAGAAUCCAAGAACCCAUAGGGCUAAAAGUCAAAAAAUGGGAAAAAUAGUAAUUUCUGUCCAUGUGUUAGUUUCAUCAAAUGAAACCUAUCCAUGGGACACCCACUGAGGUUCAGGACAGCCAGACUUGGGAGUCUGGUGGGAGGUGGAGCAAGGUCUGCUACUGCCUUGCAUCCAUCACACGGAGAGAGAAACCUCUGUUAUCAAAUGAUUGGUCUGUUUUCAGUGCACACUCUUAAAUGUACCACAAACCAUUAACCACCUAAGCUUUUAACUAUUUCACUGACUUUUUAAAGCUUAUUUGCAAAACUGGGGAAUUUGUUUGCCAUUUUGAUCCCUAAAUACUAGCUGAGACAUUUUAGAGCACAACUUGACUAGUCGAGUCCUGACUUUUAGUUGGUGUCUACAUCCUGCUUACUCUACGUGGUAUAAACCAGUCCUGCCCCAUCUUAGCUGCUGAUGCUGUCUUGAUUCCCACGACAUGCAUCGAGAAACGGCAUUGUGAGUGUAAUAAUACACAUUUGUGUGAAUUAAAAUAUAUGCAGACAAGGUGCAACAUGGUUGCCGAAUAAAGGGGUGAGCACACAGCCUCUGUGCAAAGCUCCUAGUUACCCCAUCUGCACAUAGCUUACCAUCAUGCUUUUAAGGUAUUUACCUCCUGCUUGGUUUAUUUGUUAAAACCAUUUAUUUCUCCCAUACUGCUUUGCCUUCCGCCCAUCGAAUGCUCUAUGGAAACCCCAGUUUCUAUGAUCAUAACAGUCUAGCCUAGCAUUUAUCUUAGACAAUGUGCUGCAAAUGUCAAUUUCAGUAAACAAAAGUUAGUAGUGGAAGAGAGAAGAGCCUUUUCUUCAAGGACUAGCUUGUAAAUAGCUGGUAAUCGAGGGCUUUCUUCUCCCAAGCACAAUUCCAACUGUGUGUGACUUCUUAUUGUUAAUGGCAGUUUUGUGUCUGUGGCAGCGAGAUAAUGGACCACUAUUAACCUGAUUCUCUUCGGUGCUAGGAAACUGAUGUGUGAGUUCCCAGACAGGCACGAGGGCAGCAUAUGCCUCUCGGUGCCAUGGUCGUGUUCUGAGGCAGAUGCUGGGAGCAUGGGCCACAUUUCAGGGCUUUGAAUAUACUACACCAGAGACAUAAGCUUCCUCUCUGAGCAGAUCACGCAGAACCAGGGCGUAGACCUCCCAGGGGUGGUUUCUGCCAAUUCAUUCAAAUGUUUUCACAAUAUACCACACAGACUUAAGAUCAGAGCAUUUCAGUUCAGAAGGUGAUAUCAAGCAUCAACAAAUAUGUCAGGUCAAAAAUAAAUUUACUUAACAAGGAAUAGUUAAGCACAUUUCUGAUUACUCUUUCAAAACCCUGGCCUAUGAUUAUUUUUAUUAUACCAGACAGCUUGCUUCGUGUGUGCUCACUUUAACAGGCAUUUCCAGUGACAGCAUUCAGUAUGGUACAAACUGAAAACCAGGGAUUCAUAGCUUAGUGAUUUGUUUGCUAGCAGAUGGCAGAGUGCCAGGCACACAGUAGGUAAUCAAAACAAGCAUGUUGUUUGAAUAUAUAUACAUAUACAUAUAUAUGUGUAUAUAUAUAUAUAUAUAUAUAUAUAUAUAUAUAUAUAUAUAUAUGACUCUCAUUUGGGAUGUAAAAAUACCAAUAAUCUCUCCUAAUUUUUUAUUUUGCCCAAUAUUUAGUGAAAACAUAAUUUUUAGUGUCAUCAAAGGAAAGCAAUAUGGACUUGGAAACAAAGAGCAUAUUUUUACAUUCUACUGUUUGAAGGCAGAGAGUGACUACUUCACACUCUUCGUCUUUGCAAUAUGUCUUGCAUUUCACUCACGGCUCUGCCAGUAAAAAAAGUAAUGAAAUUGUCCCUUUCUAAUGACAUCGAUGCAGCAGGGGUCUAUUGCCUUGUGGAUGACACCAAAUUAUACAAUGUAUUAGUAGAUCAGGGAUUUUCCCUUUAAUCCCUUCUUAUUAAUGAAGUGCAUAGUGCCGUUCCCAAGAGACAGCUACUGACAGAUACACCGCACAGAGAUCAGAGAGGAAAAAUCAGGAAGACAUAAAAGAUUUAUAUGAGCCAUGAAACAACGCCAACUGUCUGUUCCCUCAGGAGGAGAACACAGACACACCACACAUUUCAAGGUGGUCCAUACACUGGAAAUGUACAUCGUCUGUCAAAAGAGAACAGAAGGGAAUCUUGUUUUGUUUUGUUUUGUUUUGUUUUAAUUUUGAGCAUUUUGAGACUCUGACUUUUAAAUGUGUGUUUCCAUUUUCUUCCAAAUGUUCUACCCUUUUAUACUACAAGAAAUUGUUUCCUGUAGCCUAAGUCACUGGUAAUUUUACAACUUGUUUCUGUGAUUUGACACUAUCAUGAGUCCUCUCCCGUUCAAUCUUCAGAGGGGUGUCCCACCACAGCUCAGACACUGCUGGCCAGAGCUGCUCCCUGCUGAAGAUUUCAUAAGGAGUUAGUAAUCUCUGGGAAAUGGGCAUGAUAGAAAUGAGCUCAUAUAUUAGAGGUCAAUUUCAAAAUCUACAACAUUUCUCCUAGGAGAAUCCAGGCAAUGCUCUAACCCCACUGAGAACCUUGAAAUCUCAAAAUGGAGGGACUAAUUAAAAUGGUGGCAUUGGUCCUUGCCUGAUCUUUGUUUAUGUGAUGUUGACACCUUCCUCAUAGAUCAGAAAUCUGACAGAGACACUGCCUCUGUGACAAUUGAAGCCAGAGAGCCAAACAAUCUUACAAAAGCCAUGAGACGCUCUAAUCACUAAACUACAGGAUAUGUGAAUUUGGAACUAUGCAAGCAUGGCUUCUACUUGAAAGUGGACUAUAACAAAACAAACUUUAUUUACCUCAACUUUUCUGAGUUCAUGUCCAGGUGUCAAUGCUUUUCAGCACACCUUAACUAACACAAAUAUUUGAAAUCCAAAAUUCUCAGAGAGAAAUGUUAGACACUUAACUUCAAAAAUCAAAAACUGCGGAUACUCACUUUUGGCACAUAACUUCCCUGAAAACACACACCAAACAAAUAUUAAACAACACAUAUAGUGAACACUACAUUUAAGAGCAGUUAUAUUGUUACUGUUUUAAGUCAAAAUUCAAGAGCUUAAAAAAUGCCCAACAUAUAUAUUCCAUUGCAAUGUAUUCUUAGAUUGUUUUCAGGCUUGAUCAAAUAAACACGGAAUUUGUGGAAAUAUAUAAAAAAAACUAUUUAUCAUUUUAUCUCCCAAAUCACAAUUAACUUGCAACUUAUGAGGAACUAAAAAAAUAAAAUGAAUGCCUGGUUAUAUUCACAUUUAUUAACUUAAUAUUAUUCCAACUUUAGAGUUAAUGUUAAAUGGAUUUGAACUGUAAUGGCUAAUAUUUGGAAAAAUCUAUUAAAAGUAUUAGCAGUGUGGCUGGGUUCUGUUUCUUGUGUUAUAUAUCAUACUAUUAGUAUCAUACAAUUAAGUCUUCAAAUGUUUUUAAAAUAAACCAUAUAUUUGAUGGUGUUUAAG